AGUCAGGAGGUCAAAACUUGCUCAGUAACUGGCUCAACUUGAGACUGCUUUGGCCCCUUGAUAAAAGACAAUUUUUACAAAUGGGAGAGAAUGAGACGCGUUUACCUAAUACAGCCUUGCAAGGUGUCUGGACGUCUGCAGCAUCCUCCAGCUCACCAGGGCUACCUGGCCCAGGGCGGGUCUCCGGCUUCAACACUACAGGUAAAAAGAUGGCUUAUCACAAAGUAAAUGCAGACCAGAGACCACAGGGGCCCUCUCAGUACCUUGACAGUGAUGACCUUCAGGCUACUGCCCUGGAGCUGGAGUGGGACAUGGAGAAGGAACUGGAGGAGCCUGGCUUUGACCACUUCCGACUGGAUGGCACAGCCCAGCACCAUUUGGGAAUCUCCCAGAAUCCUGAUCUUGACCUUGAGCCCAUUCAGCCCUCAGCCUCUCCUAAAGGAAGAUUUCAGCGACUUCAGGAAGACCCGGACUAUGUCUCACAUUAUACAAGACCGGCACCAAAGAGCAACCGCUGCAAUUCUUGUCAGAUACUUAAACUUUUCUGCACUGUUUUGACUUUAUUUAUUUUUGGACUUGUGGUAGGGUAUUAUGCACACAAAAAAUGCCCUCCUUCCCCUGCAACUGCAGAACCAAAUGAUCCUCAUCCCUAUGGUGAAAUCCUCAAGGAAAUCAAAGCUGAAAAUAUUCAACAGAUUUUCAGAGAUUUGACACAGUUGCCUAGAAAAGAAGAUACAGACAUUGCAAUGCAACUUCUGGUUCACUGGACUUCUCGUGGCCUCGAAGAUGUUCAGCUAGUAAAUUACUCUGUCUUGCUUGAUGUACCGGGCUCUUCUUCAAAUACAGUGACUCUGAAAAAAAGUGGCGAAUGCUUUUAUCCUAGUGGACUGCAGUGUAACACAGACACCAGAAAGCCUCGCAGCCAAGACCUCCUGUAUUCAUAUGCUGCUUAUUCUGCCAAAGGAACUCUUGAGGCAGAACUCGUUGACGUGCAGUAUGGGACUGUUGAAGAUUUGGUCCAGAUUCGUGUCAUUACAAAUGUGACUAAUAAAAUUGCACUUUUGAAGCUCGGACAAUCACCGCUGCUCUAUAAGCUCUCUCUGUUGGAAGAGGCAGGCUUUGGUGGCGUUCUUCUCUACAUUGAUCCUUGUGAUUUACCAAAGACUCAAAAUCUUAGCGAUAAAGCAUUUAUGGUUUCCCUGAAUAAUGGAGGAGACCCAUCAACGCCUGGCUAUCCCAGUAUCGGUAAGUCCUGUUCUUCAUGUGUUACUAAUCUUCCUUACAAGAAUGUUAUGCGAGACCCUAUCAAAAGCUUUUCUAAAGUCAAG